AUGUCUAGAGGGAGCGUUCAUAAGGAUUGGCUGUUGGUCCCUCGGCUUCCUGAGGAGGUUGAUGAAGUCAAGCAACAUAUUGCUGAAAAUGUCAAGCAUGUUACCGACGAAAAUGAGCGGUAUAUCAGGAGUUACCACUCCGCUUUCAAAGAUGCAGACUUUGUCUUCGUCUACUGCAACCCGUCGAGUCUCAGCGAGUCUGUGUGGAUCGUUCACCCUGCAUUUGCACAAAGGAAUGCUUUCUUGCUGAACAGUCUUUCUGUCGCAGGUCGAGAGGUUCAUCCUUUCGAAUACAUCCCGCCGCCAUUGGGGGAUGGCACGCUGUCGAUAGGGCGCUCGAGUUACUAUCGUUACAUAGACGAUCCACUGCUGCGAAAUCUGAACGUUAACCCCCGUGUCCCACUCUCAGACGACGACAUCAGAGGAUAUUGGCCGAACAUGAUUGGAGUCCGAAUUCUCCUCGUACACCAGUCGACCGACCGUCUGGAGGUUACAACAUAUGGAUGGUCAAGCAAAAUAGGGGGAUUGCGCGCUCAAAUUGAGUACUCGACGACAUUCCAAUACUGCCAGCACAAAACAAAUUGGGUCGACUUGACUUCGGAUCCGAGGGCGAUUUGGACCAGACAAGACUCAUAUCAUAUCGGAUGCGAUAACGACCAGCACGCAUUCCUUCGUUUACGCACCACGCGGCGUGGUCACGUACUAUCCACUGACAAAUGUGCCGAUGCGAAAAAUACUAUUCGACUUAACACACGAGAUAUUUACAACGAUCAAAUUUUACGUCGCGUCGACAAGGGCGUCCCGUACACUAUGCGGUUGGCCAUCAGUAUCUUGGGCAUUGACUUGGUCGGCAAAAUAACCAAAUGCUAUGACUCACCUUCCUUAGUGUUUUUGUAUCCCUUUGGAUAUCGGCAUGAUUUAUCGCUCAUAACAGACGUAGCACUACCGCCAGUUACGGUUCCUCCAGGGCUGCCAAUCAUCACCGGCUUUGAGCCUAUAUUCGAUGCUGCACUUCGUCCUGGAUGUCCUCUUUUUACAGCAAGGUAUUGUUUAGAUGCGCAGGCGGUAGAACAACCGGUCCUGGUACAGGCGGUAGCCACACAGUAUACUUGGAAACCCGAACCUGGAGCCAGCGCCAUUUCUCGCUGUUUACUGUGGAGAUCAAAGCAACCAAAGCGAUACUACGGGUUCUGUGCUUUGCUUGGGCUCACCAGGAGACCAUGA